UGGUGCAUCUCUUGCCAAUCAAAUCAGUGCUGUCUGCAGUGUGAGAGCUGCUUUAGUGGCACCAGGGAGUGGAGUUAAUUAAACCAGUAUAAAUAGACUCUGUCCUCACCUUGCAAUUCAAAGGAGUAUUUUUCCUUCCUGUCCCAUGCCCCCACGUGCUCCUCCCUUUCCUCCUGUGUCCCCCUCAGCUUUCACCUGGACACUUCUGUGCCUUGAAUCCCUGGCUUCUCUCCAGGCACCAUGACUCCUGUGAGAAUGCAGAAUUCCUUGACGGGUCAGACCUACGCAGUACCGCUCAUCCAGCCAGACCUGCGGCGAGAGGAGGCCAUCCAACAGGUAGCUGAUGCCCUGCAGUACCUCCAGAAGGUCUCUGGAGACAUCUUUAGCAGGAUCUCCCAGCGUGUGGAGCAGAGCCGGAGUCAGCUUCAGGCCAUUGGGGACAGGAUCUCCUUGGCCCAGGCCAAGAUUGAGAAGAUCAAAGGCAGCAAGAAGGCCAUCAAGGUGUUCUCCAGUGCCAAGUAUCCAGCGCCAGAGCAUUUGCGGGAAUACGACUCCAUCUUCACGGGGGCUCAAGACCCUGGCCUGCAGAGACGCCCCCGCCACAGGAUCCAGAGCAAGCACCGGCCUCUGGAUGAGCGGGCCCUGCAGGAGAAGCUGAAAUACUUCCCCAUACGUGUGAACACCAAGCUGGAGCCUGAGGCUGAGGCUGAGGAGGGUCUCGGGGGUCUUCCCAGCAACAUCACCUCUGUCAGUUCCUUACUGCUGUUCAACACCACAGAGAACCUGUAUAAGAAAUAUGUCUUCCUGGACCCGCUGGCUGGUGCUGUCACAAAGACCCAUGUGAUGCUGGGGUCCGAGACAGAGGAGAAGCUGUUUGAUGCGCCUCUGUCUAUCAGCAAGAGAGAGCAGCUGGAGCAGCAGGUUCAAGAGAAUUACUUUUAUGUGCCUGACCUGGGACAAGUGCCCGAGAUCGACGUGCCAUCCUACCUGCCCGACCUGCCAGGCAUCGCAGAUGACCUCAUGUACAGUGCCGACCUGGGUCCUGGCAUUGCACCCUCGGCCCCAGGAGCCAUCCCGGAGCUUCCCACAUUCCACACAGAAGUGGCGGAGCCCUUUAAAUCUGACCUAGAAGAUGGGGUGCUAACAGCACCCCCGCCACCGCCACCCCCUCCACCACCUCCCCCGGCUCCAGUUGUGCUGGUCAGCGAUCCCCCACCGUUGCCACCACACCAGGAGACUGCCUCUGCAGGCCAAGGGGCACGGGAAGAUGAAGGCAGUGGGGUACAUCCAGCAGCGCUGGUCCAGGGAGCCCCGAAGGACGUUGUGCAACCCUCGAGUGGCCGGGCUACUCUGCUGGAGUCCAUCCGCCAGGCCGGGGGCAUCGGCAAGGCCAAGCUGCGUAGCGUCAAGGAGCGCAAGCUGGAGAAGAAGAAGCAGAAAGAACAGGAGCAAGUGAGAGCCACCAGCCAAGGCGGGGACCUGAUGUCUGAUCUCUUUAACAAGCUGGUUAUGAGACGCAAAGGUAUUUCCGGGAAAGGCCCCGGGGCAGGGACCACUGAGGGACCAGGAGGAGCCUUUGCCCGAAUGUCAGAUUCCAUCCCGCCUCUGCCCCCUCCACAACAGCCCUCAGGAGAGGGUGAAGAUGAUGAGGAUGACUGGGAAUCCUAGGCGCUCAGCCACCCUCUGGCCCUCCAUAUCCAGGGUCAGGCCAGUGCCUGUAUGAGAUGAUGACAAAUGGAUCAGCCUAAAGGGUUCCCAUCUUCCUGGCCCUUUCAGUUCCUGCUGUGCCAGGAGAGACCUCAGCAAAAUGUCCCAGGCCUGGAUCCUAAGGAGCCUGGGCUGGUGUUUCUGAGGCCAGAUGCCUGGGGUGGGAUGGAGGAGACAACCCUGGCUCUUUGCUUGGGCACUUCCUUAAAGAGGUUUGGAGAGGAGACAAAAUGUGCCACAAUAAACUGCAAGAAAUGAGUAGAAA